AUGCGGCGGCUCCCUUUAAUCGUCCAAUCACAAGUCCCCGCUUGUCAUCCCGGCGUCAUCCAGCUCCAGACUAGAAAUCUCCUAGUCUCGUUCAACAUCCACUCAAUCGUUCUAUACACUCCUUACGCUAUCGAAUCGACCAAGAUCAUCUGCUUCUCACCGGUCUACAGCUAUUCCCCACUUUGA